UAAACAUGUUAUGCUACCAUGACAGGACGCUUGGUAAGGCAGCUAUCGUACGAGGAAGCCGGAUGUCAACCCCUUUUUUAUCCUGGCAGUGCGCAUGCGUAUGCCUCUCAUGUCUUCGACCUCUACUACAGACUGACACUGAAUCAACGACAGCUUGUUUGGGUUGACCUGACCAGAGCGGACAAUCAUGUAUGCCUGCGCUAAGCUCGUCUCUACAGCCUCUCUGGUCCGUGCUGGAUCUCGAGCACUAUACAGACCACUCUCUGCAGCAGUAGUGUCAGAUGCCAGGAAAGCAGAGACCUCUUCAUUCCUGGCACCACAGAGCAUUUCAUCCUCCCAGCAGCAGCUGGCUGUGCGGAGCAUCCAUACUAGUGGAGUGAGCCGUGACAUCGACACUGCUGCAAAGUUCAUCGGAGCAGGAGCUGCCACCGUGGGAGUAGCAGGAUCCGGAGCUGGAAUUGGAACAGUGUUUGGGAGCCUUAUUAUUGGAUAUGCCAGGAACCCCUCUCUGAAGCAGCAGCUUUUCUCUUAUGCCAUCUUGGGGUUUGCGCUGUCUGAAGCUAUGGGUCUCUUCUGUCUGAUGGUUGCUUUCCUUAUUCUGUUUGCUAUGUAAUCCAGUUCAGUAGAAAGGAUUAAAACAUGUUAACAAGAAUCAGCUGUCUGACAGCUUUUCAUGUUGCUUUUAAUUUUUGAGAUUUGUCAUACUGUAAAUGUCAUAAAGAAGCCUUGGGUUAAUAUGCAUCCGGUAAAUGAAGUAAAACAUUUAACUGAAAA